AUGUCUUGCCGAGGACAAUUUAGUAACCUUUUCAGCGAUAAUGGCACAAAUUUUGUUGGUGCGAAUCGCAAACUCAUGUCUCAGUUUGAGGAAAUUGCCAAGACUCAUGCAACAUCAUCAUAUUUAUCUGAAAAAUCUAUGCAAUGGCAUUUCAUUCCACCCUCAGCACCUCAUUUUGGAGGCCUGUGGGAAGCUGCGGUUAAGUCUUCUAAACAACUCCUGACAAAACUAUCACUAAGUGCAACAUUUACAUUUGAAGAAGCUACAACGUUGCUGUGUGGAAUAGAAGGAGUUUUAAAUUAUAGACCCAUGACUCCGUUAUCCAAUGACCCAUCAGACUAUCAAGCGCUAACACCUGCUCAUUUUUUGGUUGGUGGAGUUAUCACAUUACCACCUGAAGCAGAUUCAUCCACAACCCCGAUAUCUAGACUUAAUCGUUUUGCAUUGGUACAAUCUUGCAUUCAACAGUUUUGGAAGAGAUGGUCCCGGGAGUACCUUUCUAAAUUACAACGCCGAGGUCGUUGGAUAUAA